AUGCACCGUAUUGCCCUCCGUAACGCUGGCCGUGCCGCGGCCGUCAACGCCGCUAGCAAGGGCGUCACUCGUUCUGGUGCUGUCGCUGCAGCGCGCACCUACGCUACGGCAAAGCCUGCCGCGUCGGAGGUUUCCUCCAUCCUCGAGUCGCGGAUAGCUGGCUCUUCCGUCGGCAGCAACGUCGAGGAGACCGGUCGCGUCCUCAGCGUCGGUGACGGUAUUGCCCGUGUCUGGGGUCUCAAGAACGUCCAGGCCGAGGAGAUGGUUGAGUUCUCUUCGGGUGUUCGCGGCAUGUGCCUUAACCUCGAGGCCGACAACGUCGGUGUCUCCGUCUUCGGUAACGAUCGUCUCAUCAAGGAGGGUGACACCGUCAAGCGUACCGGCCAGAUUGUCGACGUCCCCGUCGGCCCCGGUCUUCUCGGCCGUGUCGUCGACGCUCUCGGCAACCCCAUUGACGGCAAGGGCCCCAUCGACGCUGCCGAGCGCAAGCGUGCGUCGCUCAAGGCUCCCGGCAUUCUCCCCCGUCGCUCGGUCAACCAGCCUAUGAUGACCGGUAUCAAGCCCAUCGACGCCAUGGUGCCCAUCGGCCGUGGCCAGCGUGAGCUCAUCAUUGGUGACCGUCAGACCGGCAAGACCGCCGUCGCUAUCGACACCAUCCUCAACCAGAAGCGCUGGAACGACUCUGGCGAUGAGACCCAGAAGCUCUACUGCGUCUACGUCGCCGUCGGCCAGAAGCGUUCGACCAUCGCUCAGCUCGUCCAGACGCUUGAGGAGAACGACGCGAUGAAGUACUCCAUCAUCGUCGCCGCCACCGCCUCGGAGGCUGCCCCGCUCCAGUACCUCGCGCCCUUCUCUGGCUGUGCCAUGGGCGAGUGGUUCCGUGACAACGGCAAGCACGCUCUCAUCAUCUACGACGACUUGUCCAAGCAGGCCGUCGCCUACCGUCAGAUGUCCCUCCUUCUCCGUCGUCCUCCCGGUCGUGAGGCCUACCCCGGUGACGUCUUCUACCUCCACUCUCGUCUCCUCGAGCGUGCCGCCAAGAUGAACGACUCCUUCGGUGGAGGUUCGCUCACUGCGCUCCCCAUCAUCGAGACCCAGGGUGGUGAUGUGUCCGCCUACAUCCCGACGAACGUCAUUUCCAUCACCGACGGCCAGAUCUUCUUGGAGGCCGAGCUCUUCUUCCGCGGUGUCCGUCCCGCCAUCAACGUCGGUCUCUCCGUCUCCCGUGUCGGCUCCGCCGCGCAGACGAAGAUCAUGAAGAAGUUCGCCGGUUCGCUCAAGCUCUACCUCGCUCAGUACCGUGAGGUCGCUGCCUUCGCGCAGUUCGGUUCCGACCUCGACGCCUCGACGCGCUUCCUGCUCGCCCGCGGUGCCCGCCUGACCGAGCUCCUCAAGCAGGGCCAGUACCAGCCCCUGUCGAUGGAGAUCCAGGUGCCCAUCAUCUACGCCGGUGUCAACGGUCUGCUCGACUCCAUCCCCGUCGACAAGAUCACCAAGUGGGAGGCGGACUUCCGUGAGCACUUGACGACGCAGCAGAGCAAGCUGCUCGAGACGAUCUCGACGGGCAACGUCACUGGCGACGUCGAGGCCCAGAUCAAGAAGGUCGUUGAGGACCAUGUUGCUGGCUUCCAGUAG